AUGGACCCGCCCAGGGACCCGCCUCCAUUCGGAGAUGGGGUCAACAAUGGAGCCUCAAUAGAAUUCCAUUGUGAUUUGAUAGACGGACUGAAUCGCAUGACUCUCGCGACUGCCAUUACCACCCCGUUGCCAACCUCGCCUGUCUUGUCUGCCCAAAAUGUCUCGCUCGCGCAAACCCCCCAGACGUCGCAAAUUACAAGUGCAAGCUUUAUCUCUACUGAUGCUGUCCCUCGUCAAGAGGAACACCGCAAACCUAAUCCUGUUCCGCCACUACUGAAGCGCAAAUCGGCUGCUUCUCUGCGCGCAGUCUCACAGCCUCUCAAGACCUCAUCGUCGGCUCCGCAAACCCCUCGCCGCAGUUCGGUCAAUCUCGCGGUGUCGCCUGUGACCACCUCACCACCCAACAUGCUCCCACAGGCACUUACCUUUGAUCCCAGCAUGGAGCCACCUGCUCCAACGGCUACGUCUAUUGCGGCAGAUCUGUUUGCCCAAGAAUGGGCCUUGCACCAAUCCACUGACAUCCCGACCAAAACAAUCGCACUGGUCCAUGACGCAUGCUAUGGGCACCUCUUCUCUCGCCUCGGAUGGCCAGAACAGUAUUUACAAACUAUCAUGGAAAGACCAGAGCGGCUUCGCUCCAGUGCUCUUGGUAUCGCUGCAGCAUAUGUUCGCCUCGGUCAACGAUAUGAGGGAGGACGAUAUGCUCCCAAUCCAGAACUCGAUGUCCCUACACUGCCUGUACCUUUCAACAUCCGCAAGACAGAUCGCAAAUUAUCUAUCCAGAGUCCAACUGUUACAGAAGUACAUGGUUUCUCGUGGAUGUCCGAAUUCAAGGAUAUUUGCAAUCGUGCCGAGUCGAAACUUGCCAUGGCUGGCGACGAACUUGCCCGAUCUUUCACCGUUCAAAAUGACAGGGUUGUCCCAAUGGGCGAUGAACUACACUCUGGUGAUCUCUACCUCGGACCUGAGUCUUUGAAUGCAAUUCAAGGUGCAUUGGGCGGCGUCUGCGAUGGCGUCGAUGCAGUCCUUGGACCAGGUCCGGUGGAGCGAGCUUUCGUCUGUAUUAGACCCCCUGGUCAUCACUGUACCUCGGAUUGGCCUUCUGGGUUCUGCUGGAUCAAUAAUGUUCAUGUCGGAAUCUCCCACGCAGUCAUCAACUACGGACUCACCCAUGCUGCGAUUAUUGACUUUGACCUGCACCAUGGAGAUGGUUCUCAGGACAUUGUCUGGAACCACUGCACCCGGCAGCAAGAGCACAAAUCGAAAAAGUCGGCAGCCCACGACAGCAGGAGAAGAGGACCUCCGCCUCUUUCACCAUACCAAGCAACACCGAUCAGCUAUCUCAGUCUUCACGAUAUUGAAUCCUUCCCUUGCGAGGAUGGCAAUCUUGCGAAGACGACCGGGGCUAGCACUUGCAUUGAAACGGCCGACAGGUCCAUCUGGAAUGUCCACUUGGACGAGUGGGAUAGCGAAUCAGAUUUUUGGGAACUGUACGAAACCAAAUAUUCGGUAUUGAUUGCCAAAACUCGCUCUUUUUUGCGUCGAUUCUCAAAGCAAGUUGUCAAAGACUCCGGAGGUCGUCCACCCAAUGGUGCCAUUUUCAUCUCAGCUGGCUUUGAUGCGAGUCAAUGGGAGAAUGAAACUUUAAACCGCAAGUCCAAAAAAGUACCUACUGAGUUCUACGCCAGAUUCACCGCCGACAUUGUUCGCAUGGCCCAGGAGAAAGAUCUUGGCGUGAACGGUCGUAUCAUCAGCGUUCUUGAGGGAGGAUACAGUCAACGUGCUCUGUACACUGGUGUUCUCGCUCACCUGGCUGGCUUGAACGAUGAAAAUGGGCCCGGUGCUGCUUACUCUUAUGACCCAAAGUGGUGGUCCUCUACCAGUGUGGCGGAUCUGGAAAGCACCAUGGCCGGCCCGUCUAAGCAGCGAGGAUUUUUGAGUCCCACAGUCGCAUCCUCUAAUAAGCUUGCAGCCUCUGACCGCAGGUCUGGUGGGGAUGACCUGCCUCGUGUCAGCUGUUCUGUGGCAACGCAUGAGCUCUCAAAGCUUAUCAUCCCAUCUGAUAUCCGCACAACGAGCUACACGGCGGCAGAACUUCCUAAGCCUCGUAUCUCGCGUCGAAAGACUGGAAACCUCGGGGACAUAACCCCAUCUGACGACCUCCUCACGGCAACCCGCCUUCGCUCGCGGGCUUCCAAGACCCCCACUCCCCCUUUGCCCUCUACGCCUCCCGCGCGUCCACUGUCCACCCCUAAGUCCAAGGGAGCCACUUCUCGCCGACAGUCGGGUCGACCCAAGACCCCGAGAACUGCUAAGGCUGCCGUGCCUGAGGUGCCCCCUGUGCCAACUGAGCACCUUCCUCUGAAGCGAGAGGAGCCCGGAACACCCACACCUCCUCUCACACGUUUGGUCCUGAGGGGUCCCGCGACUCCCUCGGUUCGUGGGGAUAGGUUGGAUCAGUCUGAUCGCAUGGAGGACUGA